AUGACAAUGCGGAUUUGGAAGCUUUCAAACGAAGUAGGAGCAUCAUUAUCGUCUUGUCAGGUUAUUUUGGACCUUUCUUCAGCAGUAAAAGAGCUUUUAGAGAAUGCAUUAGAUGCAGGAAGUACAGUAAUUGAAAUCAAGUUUAAAAACUAUGGAUUAGAGUUCUUAGAGGUCUCAGAUAACGGACAUGGAGUUUUAGUUGAAGAUCUUGAACAUUUAGCACAACGGCAUGCAACGUCCAAAAUACAGACGUUUGAAGACCUUGAUACACUUUCAUCUUACGGAUUUCGAGGGGAAGCACUGCAUUCACUAUGCAAAUUAGGCCGUGUAAAGAUCAUUACGGCGGCAGAAGAACAAGUACCACAUGCAACAGAGAUUACAUAUGAUCAAGAGGCAAAUAUUGUAUCAAAAAAGGUUGUUUCAUCACAUAAGGGUACAGUUGUACGUGUUGAGCAACUCUUUUAUUCUCUUCCUGUACGUAGAAAGGAAUUUGAACGGAAUUAUAAGCACGAUUUUCAAAAGGCACUUUCCAUGAUUCAGUCAUAUGCAAUUAUUACAACGGGUAUUAAGCUGUUAGUAACAAAUGAACAGCCAAAAAAACCAAAAAUAAUACAUUUUUCAACACGCGGAAAUAUGCAUAUAAAAGAAAAUGUAGCAAAUCUUAUGGGAACACGGCUUUUGCCUACACUAAUGGAUAUUAAUUGUAAACUUUCAAUAUUAAACUUAUACAAUAUUGAAGUGUCAGGACUUUUGUCGAAACCUAUUUGUGGAGAAACAUAUAUAAACGCAAAGAAACAAUAUAUUUAUAUCAAUUCUCGUCCGUGUAUUCUUCCACAGAUAACGAGAGCAAUUGGAGAAAUAUAUAAGAUGUAUAAUAUAUUGCAAUAUCCGUUUAUUCUUAUAAACUUAAUAAUGCCUAAAAAUUCUUAUGAUAUAAAUGUAUCAGUAGAUAAAAGAACAAUUUUUCUACAUCAUGAAAAGGAGAUCAUCUGUGAAUUAAAAUCUAUUUUAAAUGAUUUAUUUCAAAAUGCAUCGGAAAAAAUAGAUCAAGAUACAAUUUCUUUAAGUCAAAAGUCUAAUUUUAAAAAUUUAGAUCAAUCUUUGGACAAAUUUACGAAAGAAAGAUUUUCAUAUUCCACAAAUGAUUCCAAAACUACACGCGGUGAAAAUAGAGAAAAUAUUCCAGAAAAAACAAAUAUGGAUACGAAUUCAUCAGAAAAUGUUCCUUUAAAUAAAUAUCUUUUUAGAAAUAGGUCUCAAGAAAAACAAAACACUUUAUCUUCAGAAAAAGAUAUAGAUAAAAGUUUACGUAUUGAAGAAUUGUCUUCAAAUAAUAGAACUAAAUAUCACCAAGAAAGUGAUAAAUCGAACGUUUCAGUAAGUUUAAAAAGAAAAAAAGAUGAUGAGUUUUCUCAAAAACUAUUAAAUAAUUCUACAAUUAAUUCUAAUAAUGGGUCUAAAUCCCCAAUUAAAGAAAAUACAGCAAGUGUUCAUAAUGAACAAGGAAAAAGUGAAAAAACGAUACCUCUUUCUGAUAGUUUUUCUAAAAAUACAACUGAAACAGACAACAUCGCUACAUUUUCAUCUGAAGCAAAUAAUUCUAUUACAUGUGAAAUCUCCGAAUUAGAUACUUUAAGAAAUAAUGAUCAUUAUACAAGAAAUACAAUUAGUAACGAAACAAAAAAGGUUCCCGAAAAUGCGAAUGUUAAAUACUUAUAUGAAUAUGAAUAUCGAGAACUUAGUACUUCUAUAGUUACAUCAAAAGAAGAAAUUAAGAAAAAAUUUUCUGAAGAUUUUUUAAACACAGAUUCAUAUACGGAAAUAGAGUCAUUAGAUGUGUCUGAUAUGUCUCGAGAACAGUCAGAAAACCAACUCAAUUUAGCAUUAUCCAAAAAAGACUUUUUUUCCAUGAAAGUUAUAGGUCAAUUUAACCUUGGAUUUAUCAUUGUAUCUUUGCCAUCACACAAAGAAGGAUCUAAAUUAGAAUUAUUUAUUAUUGAUCAGCAUGCAAGUGAUGAAAAGUAUAAAUUUGAAAAACUCCUGUUAAAUACGACUAUAGAAAGUCAGCCAUUACUAAAACCAUACCAAUUGAAUCUUACUAUAAUUGAAGAAAUUGUAGUUAUGGAGCAUAUAGAAAUUUUAGAAAAAAAUGGUUUCAAGAUAGAAUUAGAUCAUAAUAAAAAACCAGGGGAAAGAUGUAAAUUAGUCUCUUUACCUCAAAAUAAAGAUUUAGAAGAAAUGAUUUCUAAACUUCAAGAGAAUCCACAAAAAGAUGUACAAUGUAACAAAAUUAGAAAUAUUCUUGCAUCGAAAGCAUGCCGUUCUAGUGUAAUGGUUGGAGAUGCAUUAACGUUAAGUACAAUGUAUAAUAUUGUAAAGCGUAUGGGAGAAAUGGAUAAUCCAUGGAACUGUCCUCAUGGAAGACCAACAAUUAGAAUGAUUGGUAGGAUCUCACAAACAUAA